CAGGAUGACUUCUUGAAUGAACUGGGGAAUAUUCUAAACGCCCCCUGUUAUGCCAUCAAAUAGAAAGUGUAUUUGCCAAGCCCUGUAGUUUUGAGCUGUUCUUGACAACCUGCUGCAAUGGCGCACAAGUUUAGAUCAUUAAUAUCAAACAAGAUUAUACAAGCAUUGGACCACAUAUCAAUAGGAGGUGAAGGUUUGAAGUCAUCUACUGUUAUCCCAUGUAUUCAGGUUGAUCAGAAGGCACGAACACAACCAGAAUUUCGUGUUUCACUCAGGCGAUUACAGCAGCGAGGUGUCAUAAGCUCCACAGCUGUUGGAAGGAAAAGUUUACUGAACUGUGCUUCUUCACUGGUCGAAAAAUUCCACACUGACAUGACCAUUCCUGGGGUUUACGUAGUUGAAGAUAAAGCAGAUGUAAGAGUCAACUUCAAAGGUAAUUUUGUUGGUUUUAGGCAGAGCUGGUCUAAAGGAAGUUUAUUUACUAGAAGUUUAAUGAGAGGGAUGUAGCUUGAGAAUUAUUUU